AUUUCACUCAUUCAAAAAUCAUUCACUCUCAAAAUGGCGUUGGACUAAGUUGUGCGUUAUUGUUACUUUUUGUUUUUUGUAAAAUUUUAAAACUGUUGACUUAAAACUGAGGUUAACAUGGGUCGUUCGCCCAGUCCGCGGCGGCGCGAUGACAGGCGCCGGGAUCGAGACAGAGAGAGGGAUAGAGACCGGGAUAGGGACCGCGAGAGGCGGAGGCCUCGCACCCGCUCCCGUUCACGGUCUCUGGAACGUAGGCGGCGCUCCCCAGACCGCCGACGCAGCCCCUCGCCGCGCCGCCGCCGCUCACGCUCAACAUCACCUGGACCGUCCACAUCCUUCGUGAAGCCCAAGAAGACCUUCGGCGAGCGUCCGAUAGUCACCCCAGCGGAUCUAGAAGGUAAAACUCCUGAGGAACAGGAGAUGCUUAAAGUUAUGGGCUUUUGUGGGUUUGACUCCACUAAAGGCAAGAAGGUUGAAGACAAUGUUGAGGGAGACGUCCAUGUGGUGCUGAAACGUAAGUACAGACAGUAUAUGAACAGGAAGGGCGGGUUCAACAGGCCUCUAGACUUUGUUGCAUGACUCCUCGGUGAACGCACAGCGAGCUCCAUCGCAGCAGUAAUAUGUUGGUCUGUUCUAGCAGUAAGGCUGAUAUGUGAUAUUUUUGAUAGCUCGGUUUUAUAUGAACAUUAUUUACACUUGUUUUUUAUAAGUACAAGGCAUCUAGAUAGGUGUUUGUGAACCUAUUUGACUGUUUAGGGGCCUACUCGGCUCGAUGCCUAUCUGCAGUCCGUAUUGCUGGCAUUAAAACAUUAUACAGCACAAUUUUAAUGACAAAAGAUCUUCAGAAGGUCUUUCUAAAACUAUUAUUGGUUAAUUGUUGCAUUCGAAACCUAUUUGUGACCCAGACAUGCUCAAUAUUAUUCAGAUUCUUAUAAGAUUGGCGUACAAUCCAUUUUAAAAGGAAGUUCAACACAUUUCUUUUUACAUGAACUGUAAUUAUAAACAUUUCUCUACCAUCGCAAAAGAACAGCUGGUGAAACAUAUUUCAAAAGAAUUUAAAUCUAAAAACGUCUUGAAUACAUGAGAACCACCAAGAUAACAUCGUGACAUGCAAAAAAGAAUUAUUAUUUCCUCUCAAAAAUACAUAAUUAUCUCCCACAGACCAGUUCUCACCCUUAUGUUGGCAAAAAAUUAAAAAGCAUACAAUGUAGUUGACCGUUGGUCAUGGCAACUUUCUUUUAUACGGAGAAAGUCUCCCAUGACACACCUUGGCAUUGAAUUUGGAUAAAAACUGGUUUUAAUACAAUAUUAUUAUGACUAUAGAGUUUGUUGAAGGUUACGUUAAAAUUUGGGGGUCUUAUAAUACUAAAUAGCAUGUCUACCGGUCUUUAUAACUCGUUUUGUGGUUUAAAAAUGUUUACAGUUUUCCAAACUGAUAUCUGUACCCUUAGUAUGAGUUUACUUUAUGUUUAAAGUAAUCGAAAUGAGAAAGAUCGGGGGUCUGAUUGGCCGGCUUGAAUAAACCAACCAAUCAGAGCUUCGAUUACUUUAAAUGUAAAGCAAACUCAUACUAAGAUACUGUGUACCAGUACCAGUGGUAAAAAUUUUAAUUUUAACUUUAAAUCUGGUGCAGUACCAAAUUCACAAUUUCUAUUUAUUUAGAGAUACAUCAAGGACUCAUUCACUAGUUUUUGCACAUUUUUCAUCAAUUUGCUGAGAAUUUGUCACAUGUUGGUUUAUACAGCACUCAAUUGCAUAUAACAAACAAAAUAUGAUAAUCUUUCCAAGGUUAGGCUCACAGGGUAACAAGGAAGUAUCAGAUUUGUGGAAUGUGUGUAGGAUUCAGGUCUCGAAACUAGUCUUAAACUGGUCUAGACAGGAAUUAGGUCAUAUUUGAAUGUGUGAGUUUGAAGACUAACUGCCAUACUUAGAGACAUUUAAUGAUUACUUAAACUAUUCUUUAGUAACAAUUUUGUUCUGAAAACAAUUGCUAAGGACUGGGUUAAGUAACCAUUAAAUGACUUUGAGUAUGGUGGUAAAGCUAACAGGGCAAGCUAAAUAAAAC